AUGGCUGUCAAAGAAUCAGCAACCCAGUUUGAGCCUAUCGAUGCGGUUAGGCCUAUCAAGGUAAUAUGUAUCGGAGCUGGCAUGUCCGAUAUCAUAUGCGGCGUCCGGUUUCCACAAAGAAUAGAACAGCUUGACUUGACUAUUUAUGAGAAGAAUGACGACGUUGGAGGUCAUGACGUGCUCAAAUAUGUCCGGUUCAAACAUGAGUUCAAGAAGGCUGUCUGGCUAGAAGACCUCCACAAGUGGGAAGUUACUAUUCUCCGAAUGGAAGACAACACGGAGUUCAAGGACUGUGCGGAUGUACUCGUGAAGGCAACCGGGAACUUGAACAAGUGGAAAUGGCCUGAGAUUGAAGGACUUCACGACUUCAAGGGCCCAGUUAUGCACUCAGCAAAUUAUGACACGUCUUUUGACCCUACCGAUAAGAGGGUCUCUGCCAUUGGCAGCGGUUCCAGCGCCGUUCAAAUUGUUCCGGCAAUGCUGCCUCAAGUCAAAUACAUGGACCAUUACGUGCGCGGCCGCGCCUGGAUCUCACCAGCUGCCUUUGUUGCAGCGGAUCCUCGGAAAGCCAAUAAAAGACAAGACUGGUCAGAGCAUCCGGAAAUCUACCUACGAUACAGGCAUCAAAUUGAAGAUGUCGUCAAUCGCGCCCAGCUUGUUCACUGGCGAGGCUCCGCAAUGAAUAAGUCCUUCUCAAAAGAGACAGAAGAGUCCAUGAUUCGCAGGUUGUCGCCCAAGCCUGCGGUACGGGAAGCUUUGCGACCCGACUAUCCGCCUUUAUGCCGAAGGGUUGCUCCGGGAUCUCGAUACCUUGAGUGCCUUGUGGAUGACAGUCUGAACUUCAUUCCAAAGGGUAUCAAAAGGGUGACUGAGAAUGGUAUUAUCGAUGCAGAUGGCGUCUUCCGUGAAACAGACGCGAUUGUCUGCGCCACCGGCUUCGAUACAUCCUUGAACAUGCAUGAGACUCCAAUCUAUGGUCAAGGCGGCAUAUCGAUCGACGACGUGUGGCAGCCAGAUCCCGUAGCAUACAUGUCCAUCCUCCCAGCCAAGAUGCCGAACUUGUUCUUGUUUGUCGGUCCAAACGGUGGAUCUAGCGCUGGUUCAACCAUCCAAAUGAGCGAAUGCGUAGCCGAAUAUUUAAUCAAGUGCAUCCAAAAGCUACAAAGAGAGAACCUGAAAACGAUUGUGGCCAAAUGGGAAGACUUUGAGUACGAAUCAAUGGACGAAGACAGCCUCGCGUGGAUGGGCAACGGUUUAGUUUUAGCGCAGCUCAGCGCCGACUCCACAACCGGAUAUCUGGAUCUCGUAGACGUGCCCGACUCGGAAAUUUACAAGGGCGUAGCCACUGAAGGAGCUUGCGUGGCAAAUAUCCUGGCUGAGGAGCGAGUUAUUUGCAGUAGCAAGAUAACCACUUGA